AUGCUGCUUCCUGUGCUGCUGCUGCUGCUGCUGCUGCUGCCCCUCCCAGACCCAUGGUCUGCCUACGGGCACCCCCUGUAUAUGCGCCUGCCCCCCAGCACCCUGCAAGCUCUGUCAGCCCAGGGCACGAAAGCAUUGCAGGCUGCCCAGAGGAGCGCCCAGUGGGCAGUGAAUCGAGUGGCAAUGGAGAUCCAGCACAGACUGCACGAGUGCAGAGGUUCAGGACCCUGGCGUUCUAGGCCUCAGGCUCCCCUCCUCCAAGAUCCAGCAGAGCCAGGGCCGUGCGGCGAGAGGCGCCCGAGCGCUGUCAACGUGACCCGUGCCCACGGCCGCAUUGUGGGGGGCAGCGCUGCGCCCCCGGGGGCCUGGCCCUGGCUCGUGCGGCUGCAACUCGGGGGGCAGCCUCUGUGCGGCGGCGUCCUGGUGGCGGCGUCCUGGGUGCUCACCGCGGCGCACUGCUUCGCGGGCGCCCCGAACGAGCUUCUGUGGACGGUGACGCUGGCCGAGGGCCCCCGGGGGGAGCAAGCGGAGGAGGUGCCGGUGAACCGCAUCUUGCCCCACCCCAAGUUCGACCCGCGGACCUUCCACAACGACCUGGCCCUGGUGCAGCUGUGGACGCCGGUGAGCCGGGCGGGGGCGGUGCGCCCAGUGUGCCUGCCCCAGGGUCCCCGGGAGCCCCCAGCCGGCACGGCUUGCGCCAUCGCGGGCUGGGGGGCCCUCUUCGAAGACGGGCCUGAGGCCGAGGCGGUGAGGGAGGCACGAGUGCCCCUGCUCAGCGCUGACACCUGCAAAAGGGCACUGGGGCCCGAGCUGCACCCCAGCAGCAUGCUCUGUGCCGGCUACCUGGCCGGGGGCAUCGACUCAUGCCAGGGUGACUCCGGAGGCCCCCUGACCUGUUCUGAGCCUGGCCCCCAGCCCAGGGAGGUCCUGUACGGAGUCACCUCCUGGGGGGACGGAUGCGGAGAGCCAGGGAAGCCCGGGGUCUACACUCGUGUGGCCGUGUUCAGAGACUGGCUCCAGGAGCAGAUGAGCGCACCCCCCUCCAGCCGGGAGCCCAGCUGCAGGGAGCUGCUGGCCUGGGACCCGCCGGGGGAGCCGCUGGCCGAUGCCGCCGUGCCCUGCGCCUUCUACGCGCGCCUGUGCCCCGGGCCCGCGGCCGCCUGUGCGCGGCUGGCGCAGCAGCAGUGCCUGCAGCGCCGGAGGCGAUGCGAGCUGCGCUCGCUGGCGCACACCCUGCUGGGCCUGCUGCGGGGCGCUCAGGAGCUGCUCGGCCCGAGCCCGGGGAUGCGGCGCCUGGCCCCCGCCCUGGCGCGCCCCGCCCUGGCGCUCCUGGAGCCUCCCAGGCACCCCGCCCGCGAGCAGCGGCUGCACCCAGGAUCGCGGGCUGCGGGCGCUCGGUUCCCGAAGCGGAGGCCGGAGCAGCGCGAGGAAGCGAACGGCUGCCCUGGGCUGGAAGGCCUGCGACAGAAGUUGACCACCCUUCAGGGUACCCAUGCCUGGAUCCUACAGGUUCCAUCAGAGCACUUGGCCAUGGACUUUCAGGAGGUCCUGGCCGAUCUGGGUUCCAAGACACUGACUGGCCUCUUCCGAGCAUGGGUACGGGCAGGCUUGGGGGGCCAGCAUGUGGUCUUUGGUGGCCUGGUAGGCCUGGAGCCAGCCACGAUGGCCCGCAGCCUCCCCCGGUUGCUGGUACAAGCCUUGCAGGCCUUCCGCUUGGCCGCCCUGGCGGAGGCAGAGGGAUCCCAGAUGGGGGCAAGGCAGAGACAGGGGCCGAGGACCAAGGGGCAUCACUCACUCAGUCCUCAGAUUUCUCCAGCCAGGGGGCCAUGA